AUGGCUCCUUGGACAGCCCCAACGAGCGCGACAAGUCGGCAUGUGCCUCAAAUAUCUCCCAACCAACAGCCCGGGGACCACCCAUUUCUAUCACGACCAGAACGUGCCGUGGCAGCGCGUCCUAAAUGCGAGGGGGAUCAUACCCCAUCGUCUGGGCAAAGUGGCCCUGGUUCUGCCGCGAGACAGGCGGCCGCACUCGCAGAGGAGGGGGUGGAUGUGCAUGUGGAUAGCAUGGGCGAGUAUGCAGUUGAACUUGGCCGGUUUGGAUGGUUCCCGGAUCGACUACCUCGGGAGGAGCUUGGUGAUGCAUCCGACGGGGAAGCGGAAGAAGCAGGAGGCAGUCGAGAGCAGACAUGA